CUCCAAUGAGCCUAUCACAUAGGCGGUUCAGCAGGUACGCCUUCCAUGAAGGUUGCACCGCCUUGUAGCAGUGUGUAUUUUUUUCUCUAUGCUUUUUUUGUAACUAAAGCUGGGAUGUGUAGGACGUCACAUGUUGUUUUUCCUCUUCAGUUCAGUCACUUAGCGAUAUGUGUUAUUUACUGGUUAACUGUUACGCACGCCGUAUGCGGUGGCCAGAGCUUGGAAUGAGAUAGAAGCAAGAACUACAGACGAGUUUCCUCCAUUUGCGCUUCAAGGAGAGAGAGAACAUACAACUUAAGCGAGAAAGUGAGAGUUUUCAGGACACGAGAAUGGCGAGUCCGCCGCAAACGGGAGGACACUUACUUUCCAGCGUUUACGUGAAUAACAACAACAUUAAGAAGUGCGGAUACCUGAAGAAGCAGAAGCAUGGGCACAAGAGAUUCUUCGUGUUGAAGGAGCAGAGCGACGGCUUCCCUGCCCGGCUGGAAUAUUACGAGAGCGAAAAGAAAUGGAAGAACAAAUCGGCAGCGAAGAGGGUCAUACCCCUGGAUUCCUGCUUGAACAUUAACAAGAGGGCAGACGCCAAACACAAACACCUCAUCGCCCUUUAUACCAAGGACGAGUAUUUUGCUGUGGCUGCCGAAAAUGAACAGGAGCAGGACAAUUGGUAUGAAGUCUUAACGGAUUUAAUGAAUGAGGGGAGAGUGUGUGACGGAUCGUGUAAUUCAGCCUCGUCGCUGGUGGGUUUUGACGAGGCGAGCUACGGUAUGAUUACGCCGGUAAACGCCGCUUAUAAGGAGGUUUGGCAAGUGAAUUUGAAAUCGAAAGGACUUGGUCAGAUUCGGAAUUUAACGGGAGUAUACAGACUUUGUUUGUCAAGCCGGAGUAUUAGCUUCGUCAAACUGAACUCGGAGGUGGCUUCUGUCAGUUUACAACUGAUGAACAUUAGGAGAUGCGGCCACUCCGACAGCUUUUUCUUCAUCGAAGUGGGCAGGUCCGCGUCAACCGGUCCUGGUGAACUCUGGAUGCAGGCGGACGAUUCCGUGGUAGCUCAAAAUAUACAUGAAACUAUUUUGGAGGCUAUGAAAGCCAUGAAAGAGCUGUCGGAAUUCCGACCCCGCAGCAAGAGCCAGUCCUCAGGUACAAACCCCAUCUCCGUGCCCAGCAGGCGGCAUUUGAACAACCUCCCGCCGAGUCAGACGGGGCUGCUGCGCCGCUCUAGGACAGACAGCAUAGCCGCCACGUCUCCUGUCACCAAAUUCUCAUCGUGUCGGAUAAGAACGGCCAGUGAAGGCGACGGAACUAUGAUACGCCCAAUGUCAGUCACGGGUAGCCCCAUCAGUCCCAGUGUGACCCGGACCCAGCUGAGCAGGUCCAACACAGUGACAGCUCGCCCCUGUCGGACUUUCGAAUCCCCCUCCUUGCAGCAUAGCAAAUCCAUGUCCAUGCCUGUGUCUCGCUGCUCUCCCUCAGCCACGAGCCCAGUCAGCCUGUCCUCCAGCUCUGGGAAUUGCUCCAACCUGGAGAGCGCUCCCCGCCCAUCAAGCUGCAGCGCGUCUGUCUCAGGGUCGCCUAGCGACGCAGGCUUCAUUUCCUGCGAUGACUGCGCCUCCAGCCCCGGGGAUGGAGUACGGGGUUAUCUGUUGGCCUCCAACCGCAGCAACACCCCAGAGUCUUUCACAGACACCCCACCCACCCAGGAGGGUAGUGGCCUGCAUGGGUACAUGAUCAUGGAGCGCCGGCAUGUGGGUCUGACCCCCUUCUCCCAGCGAAUGUCUCGAGCCGGUGUAGGGGAUGAUGGGCUGCUCUUGGACCUGGAGAAGGCCUACCGUAAGAGGACCCACUCCCUUACCAUGCCUCACCAGAAGAGGGCGCCAGCACAGGUCUCCUCAGCCUCACUGGAUGAGUACACUCUCAUGAGGGCCUCCUACACCUCUAACAACCUGGGCGGGGGCCACUCUUCCAGCCGCAGCUCGCACACCGCCUCCCCAAAAGUCACGUACCCGGAGGACUACGGCGACAUCGAAAUCGGAUCCCUUCUGAAGAGCCCAAGUGGCCCCCACCUGGCCAGCGUUGAUGGCUACAUGCCCAUGACCCCCGGCAUGGCCCCCCAGGGAGGCAAGGAUGACCUCUACAUGCCCAUGAGCCCCAUGUGCGUGUCGUCUCCCAAGCAAAUUAUCAACCCCAGGGGGCACCACAUACUCCCCGUCUCCAGCAAUGGCUUCCGGACCAACUCCCCCAGCAGCAGCUGUUCCCUGGAAGACAGCGGCUACAUGAAGAUGAUCUGCGGCUCAAAGCUGUCGAUGGAGAGCGCCGAUGGCAGGCUGGGCAACGGCGAGUACCUCAACAUGUCCCCCGUGGACCCUUCCUCCUGCUUGGUGUCCCUCACUCCUCCUGAUUAUUUCCUGGCCUCUCUCGGCCCUGCAGAGAGACACCAGUUGCAGCAGCAGCAGCAGCAGCAGCAGCAGCAGCACCACCACACUCUCCACUUGCAGCGGGUGCCUUACUCCUUCAAUUCCCUGCCUCGUUCCUACAAGCCCCAGCAGCAGCAGAAGCAGCAGCAGAAGCAGCAGCAGCAGAAGCAGCAGCAGCAGCAGCAACAGCAACAGCAACAGCAACAGCAACAGCAGCAGCAGCAGCAUAAUGGGAACGGUGACCAGUAUGUGAUGAUGAGUCCACAGACGCAGAGGAUAGUGGAAGAGCCCUCUGGCAGCUGCUGCUGCUCUCCCCCGCGGCAGUCUGAAACAGCCCUCCCCUCCUCCCCCUCGGGCCCUUCUCCGGUGAGGCAGAGCCUCGUGCACCGGGGCCGCCUCAGCAGACCCUCACGCCUCUCCCUGGACACUCUGCCCACCCUGCCUAGCAUGACCGAGCACCCAUUGCCCGCGGAGCCUAAGAGUCCUGGCGAGUACGUCAACAUCGACUUCAGUGCUCAGCAUUUCUUCACGCCUCCAACUUCAUUUUCCCAACCCUGUAAGGUUCCCUCCUCCUCAUCAUCCUCCUCCUCAUCCUCUUCGUCGUCAGAAAGCCCCGCAACCUCGUCGUUGGGCUUCCCGAGCAGCCAGAGGGGAUCCCCGAUCCUGUCUGACUACAUGAAUGUGGACUUGAGCUCGUGCUCCCCGAAGAGGGAUAUCACACCUGCCCUAGACCCUUUGGACUCACUACCUGAGCUGUGCCCAUGUGAGAAUAAGGACAAGGAUGCCAACAAGGAGGAAAGGGAGGGUGUAUAUUCCUUGGUACCGCCCGUCGUGCCAGGCUGCCCGGCUAACAAAGAUGAUUACACAGAGAUGACGUUUGGAGGGGCUGGCUCCCCUGCCCAGCCCGUCAGCCUGCAGUCAGGAAGCGAUUGCAGUCAGAUCACCACCAGUCCCACCAUCCGCGUACAGAGGCUGACGCUGGGAGAUGCCACUGGUGGCAACAGCUGCGGGGGCAUCGAGGCUUUCCUGCUGCCCGGCGUCUCGGACGCUAUGGCGGUCUCGGACCCCGACCGGGGCGCCAAGGUGAUCCGGGCCGAUCCCCAGGGCCGCCGGCGCCACAGCUCGGAGACCUUCUCCUCCACCACGACCGUCACACCCGUCUUUCCCUCGUUUGCCCACCACGCCAAGCGCCUGAGCUCUGCUUCGGUGGAGAGUGUGCCGGCGACGGUACGCGACAGUGAGAGCGUGGACGAGGGGCACUCGUACUCGGCCAACAGCCCCAUGUGCCGUCAGACGUCGGCCGGCUUCCAGAACGGACUUAACUACAUCGCCUUAAACCUGAUGGACGAGGGGCUGCCCGGGUGUGAUGCCCUGGUGCGAUUCAAGGCUACCAGCUGCUGCAAAGGAGGCAUCAAUGGAAUACACGCCAGUCCCUAUGCCAGCCUUGGCUUCAAGGAAACAGCCACAGCUGUAAAAGAUUGAUUGGUGUAGGAGGAGUACCGCCCCACCCCACCCCAGCCACGAUAGAAAGGAGGGUGGCCGCUGGCCCUGGCUGGACUGCCGUACAGAGAGGCCACAGCCCCCCCUCAGACAGAUGGACCUCCCUAGCCUUUGCUACGGGCCACCCAUCGCUGACCUUCCAGGAGCCUUUGGGACUGCAGUUGUCACGGCAACACGGACUAUUGACUCCUGCCCCCGAAAAGGACCCACACCCCACUCCACGCCCCUCUUGCUCCAAAAGAGGACCAUAACCCCCCCCCCCCCAAUCCAAUCAUCUGCCCAAUGGACCUCCUAUGAUCAGGAACUCUCUUUUGCUGCUCUUCAAGUGAGAUUAUGGACUCAUAAGUAAAAAAUAAAUGAAAAAAACUAAAGCAAAAAAAAAUAGUGAGGUACAGAAUGGUACAUCCGCGUUGACUUAUGGUUUCUUCCUCAUGGAUAGAUAGGGUUGAUUUUUAGAGGCAUAAUUGUUAAUCCUUAAGUAUAUUCCUUUUUUCACUGGUUUCAUUGCUCAUUUUAACAAUGGAGGGGCCAGUGCACCUCCCCUACAUAAACCUGUGAAUCGAGGCUGCAAUGAGAACAUGGGUACGUACACAAACACACACACACACACACACACACAUACCAUACCGCACAAACACACACACAUACACACACCCUCUGUCUCUUAGCACAUGGCAUGUAUUUAUUUAUUUAUAUGUGUGCAAUUACACACAUAUGUAUGUGUGUGGUUUUACCCGCAUGUGUGGUCAUAGCACUGCAACUGAGGUGACAUUUCAGAUAUAUCUAUCUAGCUAUCUAGCUAUAUAUAUGCAUAUAUAUAUAUAUAUAUAUAUAGAUAGAUAUAGAUAUAUAUCUAUGUGUAAUAUAUAUAUAUAUAUAUACCCCAACAAAUUCAAUAAGCAGUUGCUUGAUACACCCUACCUCAGACUGAGCCAGGUUAUUACUUGUGUAUGAGACAAAAAGAGUAUAUAUUGGAGAAAAAGAAAAAUAUAACUAAUUUAUUUUCAGAGCUGAAUGUUUUUUUUUUUUUCCUAAAACACCAAUCCAAAGCCUUAUUGACUCUUCUGUAAAAUAUUUUUUUUCUGAAGAUGAUUCAUAUGGACCUAGACAUACAGAAACACAUACUUACAAAGAUAUGUCAUUUGUCAUGGAAACUGAAUGUCACAUACCUGUAGUCGAACCCAGCACCUUCAUAUAUAUAUAGCAAAAGUGGACCUCGGCUGCGAUCAAAGAUUUCUUAUAUUACUAUAAUAGCGAUUAUUAUUAUGUGAUUUCUGUUUUUUUUUUUUUUAAAGUAUAGUACUAUUUAUCACCACUCUCAAAGGUCACGAAAGGAAUAUAGGUAGUGCUUGGCCCAUGAGUUGAUACAUGCUGAAUGAGUAGCGGUAGAAAGGCGUUAAUACUCAGAAAAAAAUGCUGGAUCUUACCAGGUCGGUACACCUACUCAUCAGUGCACCUCCGCGUGGGCCUUUUUGCAUUCUGCCUAGGCACAUCUGGACACUUUAGACUGUAAACCUUAUAACCUUCAUCUGUAAAAUCCAACCAACUGACCCAACCCUCUAGUGAUUUCUACCCAUAAUCCCUUAUCCACUGGAGACCAUUCAGGCCUCGAGGGGUUGUCCACUCCAACGCCCUCAGUGGUGAAGGCGUUGAAUGAUGAAGGUAGAAACUCACUCUGCCAUUUUCUCUCUUUCUCUCUCUCACACACACACAUACACACACACACACACACACACACACACACACACACACAGAGACUUCAGGGAUUAUUUUCUGAGGCUUGAAAACACCACUGCUGCUCCCCUCUGGCAAGACGUCUCAAAAACAAACAAACAAAAUGACAGACAGAAAACAAACAAACAAAAAAAACAAUGCUUGGUCUUGCACUUACAAACUCCUUAGAUUGUAAAACACAAGACACAUUUGAAUGUAGAGCUUUUCUGUCAGCUCCGCCAGAGACAAAUGGACUAAACGCGAUGAAAACAAAACACAAAAACAAAACAGGCACGAGACAAAACAAAAACAGACAGCACGCCAAGACGUCAUAAAAAAAAAACAUAUUUAAGAAAUACUUCAGAAUGAGUACGCCUCUGACAACACCAGUUUGUGUUAUCCAUGCAACGGUUGCCUAAGAGUUGUAAAUACUGUACAGUACAGAGAAUGCAACUGAAAAGUUGUCACGAUUUUUUUUGGAGUGUUUUAAGUUAAACGAUAAUAACUUAUGUCUUUUUUUUGUAUAUAAAUGUUUGAAAUGAAUGAAUUCCCCUCAAACAACUAAAGCACUAAUGAAGGUACUCGCCAAACCCUAAUGUUUGGUAUGUUUUUUUGUUAGCUUUGUAUGAUAAAUGCCACUAUGAAAAAUAUUUUAUAAUGCUGUAACAUUAAAAAAAAGGAGGUACAUUUUCACUUAUUAAUAUAAUGAUCCUAAAUCUUGCUACAUAAGUGCAGUCCACCAAUGGCAUAUGCAAUAUUUACACUUUUUUAAAAUAAAAUUAGUUUACAGUAAUGAACCAAAUGUUUAAAGAAAUGUGUGUUAACCUGUUAAAGCCUAAAACAUAUUUUUUUUUUGGUUUUGCUGUGCACAUUGUUUUCUGCCAACUUUGAGAGAGAAAAGUGUAUUUAGUGUUCUUUUUUGCUAUUGGACUCUGACAGUGAUUUUAUCAGUGUUUUCAUUCUGAUUCUGUAUGUAAUAUUUUUUCAGUAUCAAACGGUUGAAUACUUUUUGAGGCCUGACUGAUCAUGCUAUGUCUUCCAUUGUACAUAUGUCAUAUUACUUGCGCAUUGUGAUGCUAAGGAUAAUUUAAAACAACCCUAGUGUAAUUAGCACCGCUUUAGAUCUGUAUUGAUUCUGAAUUAGUCACAUGCAAUAAAAAGUAACAUUAUUUAAGAAAUUCCACAAA